CGCAGUGCAAUACAUUUUUUUUUCAAUUUAGUUAUUAAGUUAAAAUGUAUUAAUAAUAUAGAAACAAGUCUAUCUUAUUUACCAAAGCCAAUACUUAUACAUUUACGAUAUUAUUUAUCUCGAUCUGAGUCAUUUGUGAAUCUAGUUUCCUUAGCAGUAUUUUUUAUUUGAUAAACAUGUUUAUCCAGUGCCUGUUUUUUUAUUAACAUGCCUACACCUACUGAUAAGUGGUUUUCAAUUUAGUUGAGAGUAUACGUAAACACGUCAGUUGGGUAUCAAUCUGUUUGGCUAGGGAAAUAUUUUGAUAUUAUGAAAUACCAUAGACAUAUUGCCUAUUUAGCUCUGUUCUGUUAUUUAUUUAAGGUGAAUGAUUAAUUAAGGCGAAGUAUCAGUUUCAACCUACCUGAGAUCAAGGUCAGCUCGAUACCUACCAAAUAAAGCCCUUCGGAAUGUAACAUCGACAGAUUUGACGCAUUCUAAUGAUGAUGCGUGAAGGAGGUCGAUCGCUCACCUUCUAUUGCGCGCUGAGCGAGGGUCCGCUACUCAAGAUGGCGGGGUACUGGUACCGCCUGGAUGCGUGCUACGGAGGCAAGCGACGGUGGACGUGCGCGCGCGGCUGCGCGGCAAGACUGCACACGGCUGGGAAACGACUCGUGUUCUCGGAUCUGAGGCAUCGCUUGCGCGUGAUAUACAACGAGACGGGGUACCCAAAGCUGAUGCUGGACGGGUACCUGUAUCGGCCGCACAACGCGUACCGCAACCAGCCCAAGGUGCUGUGGUAUUGCGCGGCGCGGGGCCGCUUCCAGUGCACGGCGACGCUGAGGACCUUCCAUCGCGAGGUGGUGGCCGUAGGGGGUGCGCACAACCACGCCGCCUGACCGCCGCGAGCGCGGGCGCCCGCCGCCUCGCGCCAGGUGUCCAUGCGCCAUCUUCAUGAGCUGUUCAGAUUGUACGGCGAGCGGCUCGCUGCGCCCGCCACUGGCUCCAGUACUUCGUAGCUCAUACAUUCCAUAGCCGUUUCAGUCGUGUUAGGCCGUAGAGACAUACUCGAUAACGCGACCAACGGUCCGGCUAAUGCCUCGGCCACGAAACGCACUCUUCCGGCGUCAGCGUCGGGCGUGUACGCUCGAAGCAUUGUGUUUCGGGGCCCUCAGGUAAGUCUAGUCUAUCAAGAAAUGGUAAGCUCUUAACGGUUCGCUUGACGUUCUUCCAUAAUCGAGCUGCCUUGUAAGUGAAUAAGAUAGAGAUGGUCGUCGAGUAUGUCUCUAUACCUGGCGAUGUAAAAAGAAAUUUCUGCGAAAUUGGCGUCCUAAUAGUGGUUCCUAGUCAAAUCCAUAUCCUAUAAAAUCAGGGUACGGUUGUAUUUAAAUGUCACAAGUUUUAUUACAAUAUGAGAUAUUCUCAAAGAAUAUCCUCAUUCUAUUUUUCCUAAAUUACAGUUGUAAUUAUAACAUGUCUCUCAAAUUGGUAUACUUUACGCAGUGUCGUCCCUAAAACCAACGAGAAAAGGACUAGAUACCGCCGUAAUUUUAUAUAUAGUCGGACUAUCGAUACCUACGUACUUUAGAUCACUUGACAGUUCCUAUCAAUAUUUCAUGUCGAGUGUUGUUCUACCGCAAGGAUAAAUUAUGUGCCACAAAUAAUAAAACGAUAUUAACUUUUUACUGCGUAUACAAUAGAUACCUAUUAGUAAUUUAAUACCAUGGUCUCGUUUUAUCUUGUAUCAAAAUAAAACCAUUUAUUAUAUUUAUAUUGUAAUAAUCGUAUGAUUGGCCUAUCAGAUUUAAAUUGUCUAUUACCUACUAGUAUAAUGUAUAUUUUGUUAUUUUUGAUUGUCUUCAUUAUUUGUUUUGUUACCAUACCGUUUUAGAUGGAAACCUAUUUAUUACUAGAUGAAUAUUUAAAAAGAUCCGAUACUGGA